GACGGAAAGAGCCGAAGCGGCGGCGGAAGGAGCCGAAGAGUGACGGAAAGAGCCGAAGCGGCGGCGGAAGGAGGCGAAGAUGGCGGACGGGGAGGAGGUGACUCUGGACGGGCGGCCGCUGCAUCUGCUGCGCGUCGCGGACCUGAAGGCGGCCCUGGAGCAGCGCGGCCUGGCCAAGAGCGGCCAGAAGAGCGCGCUGGUCAAGCGCCUCAAACAGGCGCUGAUGCUGGAGAACCUGCAGAAACACUCCACCCCCCACGGCACCUUCCAGCCCAACUCGCAGAUGGGGGAGGAAAUGAGCCAGAACAGCUUCAUCAAGCAGUACCUGGAGAAGCAGCAGGAGCUGCUGCAGCAGCGCUUGGAGCGCGAGGCCGAAGCGGCGAAAAGCGGCGAUUUGGGCGACGAGGCCGGGAAGGAGAAGCGGGCGAGGACACAGCCCGGCUCCCCCUCCCCCCCUCCCCUCCCCGAGGGGGCGGAGCCUCCGCCGGGCCGGAAGGGGCGUGGCCCGCCAAGCCCCGCCCCGAGGAGGAGGAAGAGGAAGAUGAGGAGGAAGAGGAAGAAGAGGAGGAAGAGGAAGCCCCCCAGGGGGCGGGAGCCUGAGCCCCCCCAAGCCCCGCCCGCCUCCCCUUCCCCUCCUCCCAUUGGCCAGAGCCCCGAGCCCCGCCCCCCGCCGGAAGAAGCCCCGCCCCCCGUGCUCACCAAGGAGACCCCGCCCCCUUCUCCGGGGGCGGGGCCGGAGCCCGAGGGGCGGGACCAGCCCUCGCCGGGCUCCGCCCACUCAUCGCCAAGCUCCGCCCACUCCUCCCGGGGGGCGUCGCCCUCCCCGCCGGCCACGCCCACCAGCCAGAAGGAGGCCCCCGAGGGUCCCAGCAGCCCCCAGCACAGCAGCGAGGAGCCGGCGGUGCCCACGGAACCCGGACCCCCCCCCGGGCCGGGGGGCUCGUCCCCCCCCGAGCGACCCCCCAGACCCACAGGUAACGCCCCCCAAAGCCUGAUCCCCGAGAUCAAAAUGGGGGGCGGGGGAGGGGCCAGCGACCCCCCCCCGGAGCUCCCGCCCCCUCCCGGCGACCAGGGGGAGGGGCCUGAUGACGUCAGCGAGGGGGCGGAGCCCCCGGGGGGCGGGGCCAGCACUCCCCCCCCCAUUGAAGAUCAUCAGGACCGUCACCCAGAGAACGGCGGGGAGGAGCCCGCGGGGGGGGGAGGCGCUGAGGCCACGCCCCCCGGCGCUCAAGCCACGCCCCCCGGCGCCGAGGCCACGCCCCCGGAGCCGCCCAUUAAGAAAAGCCCCGCCCCCCCGCCCCGCCCCCCCCGCGGCUUCUCGCUGCCCGUGGACGAGCCCGUGACGGGAACGCGCCCCUCCCCCCCCCGGCAGCGCCCCAGCCGCAUCGUGCACCUCUGCAACCUGGUGCGCCCGUUCACGCUGGGGCAGCUGAAGGAGCUGCUGGGGCGCACGGGGCGGCUGCGCCACGACGACUUCUGGAUCGACCGCAUCAAGAGCCACUGCUACGUCACCUACGAGUCGGUGGAGGAGGCCGUGGCCACUCGCAACGCUCUGCACGGCGUCAAGUGGCCCCAGAGCAACCCCAAGGUGCUGGCGGCCGACUUCGCCACCCAGGACGAGCUCGACCUGCACCGUGGCCUCCCCCCCUCCUCCCUCCCCUCCCUGCCCUGCGAAGCCACGCCCCCUCCCCUAAGCUCCGCCCCCUCCGCCGCACCGCCAGGGGGAGGGGGCGUGUCCCCCGGGGGCUCCGCCCCCCGCGGGGCGGGGCAGUGGGCGGAGCGGGAGCGGGAGCAGGAGAGGAGGGAGAGGGCGAGGGGGGAGAGGGAGUGGGAUCGCGACAAGGCCACGCCCACCGCCGGACACGCCCCCCGCCGCAGCCCCGCCCCCCGCGGCGUGGGAACGCCCCCCCCCGCCCCAACGCACGCGCCAAUCAAGAGCAAGCCGGGAGAGAGGGGGCGGGGCGCCAGGGAGGGACGGCCCGAUAAGAAAGAGAAGCCCCCCGAGGAGCCCCCGGCCAAGCUAUUGGACGAUCUGUUCCGCAAGACCAAGGCGGCGCCGUGCAUCUAUUGGCUGCCGCUGACCGACACGCAGUUCAUUCAGAAACAGGCUGAACGCGCCGCCCGGGCGCGGGAACGCGAGCGGCGCCGCAAGGAGCAGGAAGAGGCGGAGCUUCGCCAGCGGGGGGGCGGGGCCUCGGCCAACCCCGCCCCCUCCACCCCCCAGCCCGCCCGCGACAAGCGGGGGGGCGGAGCCCCGCCCCGACAAGCCCCGCCCCAGGCCACGCCCCCUCCCCCUCCCUCCUCCUCCUCCUCCUCCUCCCACCGGCGGGAACGGCGCAGCCGCAGCCCCCCCCUGCGCGACCGGGGCGGGCGGCGCUGACCCCGCCCCCUCCCGGGCCCGAAACCCCCCGAUUUCACCCCAAAAUCCACCCCCCAAACCCCCCCGCGCGAUUUUGGGGCGAUUCCGUGCGAUUCAACACGAUUUUAAGCCAA